CAAGCUUUCUCUCUGCUCUUCUUCUUAAAAGUCAAAACCGGAAUGUUAGGGAGAGAGGAGAAUAGGAGGCUUGGUAACAGUGGUUUAUGUAAUUCAGAUCUCGGGGCCAUGGAGGAGGACAGACGAGCGCCAACCAAGCCCUACACGUGUCGCAAUAGAUCUCAGUAUCGAAUCUCGCCCACAUCCACCUUUGCCUGAACAGUAUGCCUCCAACAACAGCAGCAGCAGGCUGCAAAAAUGUACAGAUGUCAAACAAGUAUGGAAGAAUUAUCAGUGGCUGUUGACGAUUUCACAUGAUAGGGACAAUUGGUCCUCCUCUUGCAAAUCUUGGUGGUUGGGUAAAUGCUGUGUCAAUUUGACUUGGUGGUUACCCAGGCUGAGAAAGGUGUUGAGUUUCAAAAUGCUGUGUACCUGUUCAAGGGAGCAAGUCAUGGUAGAUGAGGGUGACGUGGCUGAGAAUGUUAUGGCAUUUAAAGAGGUUUCUGCCAAUGGAUUCUCUGCUAAGACAACAGAGGUUGAAACAAAGCUUGACGAAGGAAACAUUGAGGAAGCCGAAUCUUCGCUUCGUGAGGCAUUAUCUCUUAAUUAUGAGGAGGCUAGAGCUUUGCUGGGAAGAUUGGAGUAUCAGAGAGGAAACAUUGAAGCUGCAUUGCAAGUGUUUGAGGGAAUUGAAUUACAUGCUGUGGUACAUCGUUUGCGAUCUGCUGUUUCAGAAAAAAAUCAAUCCAAACGAGGCAGAUUACGUAAUGAAUCAGUCAAUUCAGUCUCACUACAUGCAGCAAGUCUCUUACUUGAGGCCAUAUACUUGAAGGCCAUGUCAUUACAAAAACUUGGUCGUCUAACUGAUGCCGCUCAAGAAUGCAAAAGCGUUCUGGACACUGUGGAAACAGUAUUUCCCCAGGGCAUGGCCGAUUUCUCUUGGGACCACAAAUUGCAUGAGACGGUUGGAAAGGCUGUUGAGCUGCUACCACAAUUGUGGAAGCAAGCAGGUCUACAACAGGAAGCAAUGACUGCAUAUAGGAGGGCCCUUCUCAGCCAUUGGAAUCUUGAUGCUGAUUGUUGUGCAAGGAUACAAAAAGAAUUCGCUGUUCUACUGCUUUAUGGAGGGGUUGAAGCAGGUGCUCCUAGUUUAGCUGCUCAGAUUGAUGGCUCAUUUGUGCCAAGGAACAAUACAGAGGAAGCUAUUCUAAUUCUUAUGAUCCUACUAAGAAAAUGUUGUCUAAACAAAAUACCUUGGGAUCCUGCAGUUAUGGAUCACCUUUGUUUUGCACUUUCUCUUUGUGGACAAACCUUUGUCUUAGCAAAACAAAUUGAGGAGGUUAUGCCUGGAACAUAUGCGAGGUCUACUCGCUGGAAUGACCUUGCUCUUUGUUACAGUGGUGCAAGGCAAAAUAAGGUUGCUCUCAAUCUCUUGAGGAAGUCUUUGAACAAAUUGGAAAGGCCAAAUGAUCUAUCAGCUUUAUUACUGGCAGCCAGGAUUUGUUCUGAGGAUUUUCAUCUUGCUUCUGAAGGGAUAGAAUAUGCAAGAAGAGCUUUAGAGAAUGCCAAAGGAGAGUAUGAACAUCUGAAGGGUGUAGCUUAUCGCUUAUUGGGCCUUGCCUUGGAAAAGCAAGCCAAAGUUUCUUCGACAGAUUUGGAAAGAACCCAUCUCCGGCAUGAAGCAUUAAAAUCCUUAGAGGAAGCUAACACUUGGGAAAGACAAAGCUCAGACUUGAUUUUUGAAUUGGCACUGGAGCAUGCUCAAAAUCGUAAUCUUAAUCUAGCUCUAAGCUAUGUAAAAGAGUUCUUGGAUAUAACUGCUGGUUCAUUAUUGAAGGGUUGGCGGCUGCUGGCACUAAUAUUAUCAGCUCAAAAGCGUUAUUCUGAAGCAGAAGUUAUCAUUGAUGCCGCUUUAGAUGAAACAGGAAAAUGGGAGCAAGGAGUGCUGUUGAGAACAAAGGCAAAGCUGCAGAUUGCUCAGUCGUCCCCUAUGAAUGCCAUUGAAACAUACAGGCUUCUUCUUGCAUUGGUUCAGGCUCAAAGGAAGAGCUUUGGAACUGGGAAAUUUUCUCGGAAGGUUGAAGGUGAAAGAGUUCUGGAAGUUGAAGUUUGGCAAGAUUUGGCUUGUAUAUAUUCGAGCCUUUUUCAUUGGCGUGAUGCUGAGAUAUGUUUGGACAAGGCUAAAAGCUUGAAAAUUUCUUCUUCGGCAACUUUCCAUGCACUAGGAGUUCAUUUUGAAGCUCGUAGCCAAAUGCAGGAAGCGUUGUCUGCUUACAGCAAUGCACUUUCUGUGGAUCCAGAUCACGUGCCUUCAAAGGUGUCCAUUGGAGCAUUAAUGGUGCGAACUGGUGGCAAGUCCUUGCCUGUUGCUCGAAGCUUUUUAUCUGAUGCUUUACGUCUGGAGCCAACAAACCAUACUGCCUGGUAUUAUUUAGGGAUGGUUCACAAGGCUGAUGGAAGGGCUGCAGAUGCUGCCGAUUGUUUUAAAGCAGCAAGCAUGCUUGAAGAGUCUGCUCCGAUCGAACACUUUUCGUCCGCUUGGUAAGCUCUGUAUUGAGAAAAGAAACUACAGGAUCAAAAUUUGUAAAAUGUAAUUCAUUCAGAAUAUUUCUAUUUGGAGCCAUGCUUUGCUGCCCGAAAUCUCGGGGUUACCAGUCUCAGAUUGAUGUGAUGUUGGAGCUCUAUUGGUUGUAAAAGUCUGCACUAGUCGACUGAUGUAAGAUUAUGUAGAGUAAUUAUUUCUGAUUUGAGUUCUAGCCACGUAUCCCCCAACGAUUAUGUAUCCCCCAACGAUGUGAUUGGGUUGGUUGUGUAAUAGAUUCAUGAAACUUCCUAUGACAAGUUUUAAUGUAUACCAUUAUCAAGAGUCCUUCGGAUACAUACAUUUACUGCAAGCUUCUACAUUGAAGUACUGCAUAUAGUUUGGCUAUUCAAAGCUCAGAAUUCCAUUAUGGGGAGUACAUUUUCCAUUGCAACGCUCACAAAGUUUAAUGUGUAGGUUUUUGUUCUUUGUUGGAGCUAACGUUGGUUCCUGCUUAAUACAUGCCUAUACUUUUGGUGUUUAAUGUUCACGAGGUAAAACAUAAAGUUCACGAUUUUUUUGUUUGUA